AUGAAGUCCUCGCUGUCGCUGGCCGCCCUUGCGGCAGCUGGCACCGUCCUUGCCGACGACUACCUCUACAGCAAACGUCUGGCCAAGCGCUUUGUCGACGAUGAGGGCCACUACAACGUGUCGUUUUUCCACGUCAACGAUGUCCACGCGCACCUGGACCAGUUCGCCUCCUCGGGCACAAGCUGCGACGAUCCAGAAAAAGGCUGCUACGGUGGCUAUGCGCGCAUCAAGACCAAGGUCACCGAGCUGCGCGAGCAGUACCCCGAUAACCUGUGGCUGAACGCGGGCGACGAGUUCCAGGGCACGCUCUUCUACACCUACUACGGGGGCGAGAAGAUCGCCGAGACACUUAACGAGCUCAAAUUCGACGCCAUGACGCUGGGUAACCACGAGUGGGAUGGUGGCGACGAGGCGCUCGGCCAAUUCCUGCUCAACCUGACCUUCCCGAUCGUCUCGUGCAACGUCAAGAGCGAGGUCGAGUCGCUCAACGAGACGAUCAAGAACUACCACAUCUUCGAGGAGCACGAGAUCGCUGUCAUUGGUGCUACAACGACGACGACGCCCGGCAUCUCCAGUGUCGGAAACACGACCACCUUCCUUGACCCCGUCGCCGAGGUCCAGAAGGCCGUCUGGCAGAUCCGCAAUGAGACGGAGGUCAACCGCAUCAUCCUGCUCUCUCACCUCGGCUACGAGGAGGACCAGGACCUCGCCGCCAAGACGGAGGGAAUCAGCUUGAUUAUCGGUGGCCACUCACACACUCUUCUGGGCGAUAUGGAAGACGCCAAGGGUGACUAUCCAACCAUCGUCGAAGAUCUGAACGGUCAUGAGGUCUUCAUCGUUACCGCCUACCGCUGGGGCGAGUACCUCGGGGCCAUCGACCUGACCUUCGAUGACGACGGCCACGCGCUCGCGUACCACGGCGCACCCAUCCACAUGGAUAACAGCACCAGCUUGGACGAGGAGCUCGACACGAAGAUUCAGGGAUGGGCCGAGGCGUUCGCCGACUUUGCCGCCGAAGUGCUCGGCGAGACGGACGCGGUGCUCGUGCAGGAGACGUGCCAGGAGGGCGACUGUCUGCUAGGCCAGGUCAUGGCAGAUGCGAUGUAUGAGUACCGCUACAACCAGACCGAGGGCACCGACGACGAGCCGGCCUUGGCCCUGAUCAAUUCCGGGGGCGUGCGCGCUGAGAUCAAUGAGGGUCCCAUCACCCGCGGCGAAGUGCUCACGGCAUUCCCCUUUGGCAACGCGAUUGUCGAACUCGAAUUCUCCGGUGCGGAUCUCCGCAAGAUCCUCGAGGGUGCGGUCUCGUACGUCAACCAAUUUAACGGAGACGAGAUUACGUCGUGGUUUCAGGUCUCACGCGGUGUGCGAAUCGAGUUCAAUCCCGAUAACGAGCCGGGCGACAGGCUCGUCAAUGUAACUAUUCAGGGAGAGGCCAUCGACGACGAGCGUGACUACCGCGUCGUGACCCUGGACUUCUUGGCCGGCGGUGGAGACAGCAUCUUUGUCGCUACGGACGAUUUCAUCACGCUGGAUACGCAGGAUGAGGUGUUGACGCAGUACAUCGUCGCGCGGACGCCGCUCUCACCCGAGCUUGAGGAGCGAGUGGUCGAGAAUGACGGCCAGGGCGAGAAUGCGGAUGAGAGCCAGAACGACGAGGUGGAUGGACCUUCUGACGCAGCUGGCAUGCUGGCUGUUCCGGCCUGGACCGCUCUUGCUGGUAUUGCUGUGGCGAUAAUGGCGAUGUAG